AUGGCAAAACUGGAAAAGUUGCUCCGCAUACCCCUCUCUACGAAGAAAAUAUCGCAAUUGACCGGACGUCCAUCUCCAGUGACGCUUGAAGAAUUCCUACCCUGUCUAGGUGGGCUCAGGACCAACGACAUUUCAGGUCAUGGCACACAGAAGCCUUCCUUCGUCGGUAUUCAUUAUUCUCCAUCUUUCAACAAUUCAGUUCUUCCACUUACAUUUGCAGGAGUUUGUGUCAGUGGGGGUCCCGAUUCUAUGGCACUGGCGUGGUUGCUGAGACAGAUAUCCAUGUUCGAUAAACACCUGCCGAUUGAGCCUGUUGCAUUCAUUGUGGAUCAUAGAGCAAGAGAAGGGAGUCGGGAAGAGGCCGAAUUUGUAGCCGGUGAGCUGGACAAACUUGGCAUCGCAAACCUCAUCCUUACCAUGACCUGGCCUGGAAUCGCGAGGCCUUCUCAACUGUCCGACUUCGAGAAUCGUGCUCGAGAGUCUCGAUAUCGGCUGAUUGCGAAAGCAGCGAUCGAAAGAAACAUAAGACAUCUUUUUGUUGGUCAUCACCAGGACGACCAGGUCGAAACCGUCCUAAUGAGAUUACUGCGGAAUGCGCCAAGCAAUUUUCUUGGAUUGCAAGGCAUGGCGGCUACGACAGCAAUUCCCUGCUGUGAGAGUGUUCGGGGUGCGCACGAAUGGCCUGGCUAUGAGAGCUUCCCGGAGUGGAUUCGACGACGUGAUGCGCCCACCUACAAGCGGCAAGUCGAAGCUGAAGCCGACUUACGAAUAGCGUCAAGUGCCAAUUUUGAAAAGCUCGUCACUAUGCCGCGCUCAGAAGGUCUUCUCAUCCAUCGUCCUCUAUUAAUUUUUCCCAAGUCAAGACUUGUGGAGGUCUGUGACGUACAUAAGAUUAAUUAUGUAAGAGACAAGACCAACAACGAUCCGACUUUGACGAUGCGCAAUUCUCUACGAUACCUCAGAUCAACUCAUGUACUUCCACGCGCUUUGCAAGCAGAAUCGAUUCUGGGACUGGCCCAAUGGGCACAAAACAAGACACAAGCUCUGGUGAAGAGGGGUACAAAUCUCCUGAAUACUCUUCAAGAUUUAACUUUCGAUCUCCGUUCCGGUGUAUUGACUGUACGUGUUCCCAAGGACUUUGUUCUGGCCUGCAAGUCCGAUCCCGACGCUGCAGCUAAUGCCUUGGCUCGACUCACCAGUGUAGUGAGCUUCCAGCCCAGGGAUUCUGUACCAUCGGUUAUAUCGUGGCAAAAUAUACAAGAUUUUCGGCAGCAGAAUCUCUCUCCGAGAUCACAAUGCUUGACGAUUCAACGGGCUUUCCUCCGAAAACUUACAGAUCGUACCCGAGGGGAGGAGGGGAGCGUCGUGUGGAGGCUCUCAAGGCCCCCAAUGCGCGCAGCAGAGGUUGAGCGAGCUACGAUGAAAUUCACUCCUCGUGAAGAACAUGAAACGGCGUCCGCCGUGCAACAGGGAAAUCCUGGGGUUGCUUCCAAUCAAGGCAUCUGGUCAGCCUGGCUCUUCUGGGAUCAUCGUUACUGGAUCCGCAUUAGGGCUAAGGACGCCGAUACCCUGGACCAAAUUGAAGUACGACCUUUUCAGAACGCGGACGAGUCUUACUUGCGGCAUAAUCAUGAGGGAGAACGAGACGUCCUGCAGAAAAUGUUCGCUAAAGUAGCACCGGGCAAGCUGAGAUAUACCCUUCCGGUCCUAACCUGGCAGGGGAACGUUUGUGUCUUCCCAACUCUGAACUUCUUGGUCCAAAAGAAGCACCCGAGCUCUGUAUCCCUUCCUGUGCAGCAUCCAGCCUUGGAAUGGGAAAUUUGUUAUAAGAGCAUCGACGAGUAUUUCCUAACGGAACGGAAAAUAUCGAUAGAUUGGAGGAGCGUCGAAACGUAA